AUGGCUGUCGACAAGCAGAAGGCACUCCUGUUUGGAGGUGCUGCUGCACUGCGGCUCCUGCUGUUCACUGUCUCUCCCGGGCUUCCCAAUCUCCUUGCUGGCCGCGUCGAGGUGUCUACUCCCGUGACGAGCUUCAAGAGGUUACAAGAAGGACUCUUCCUCUACACCCACAACGUCUCGCCCUACGAUGGCGGCCUGUACCACCAGGCACCCCUCCUUCUGCCUAUCUUCUCCCUGCUGCCGAACCCAUCCUACCACCCAAUCGCUGCGAACAUCGUCUUCACUGUCGUCGAUCUCUUGAGCGCAUACGCACUGGCUCAGGUUGCUCAGAGUGGGACCGCUGCCGUCUCCCGCCUAUUCUCGUCCUCGAGAAAGGACUUGAGAUGGAGCAGCACAGCCAUUGCAACAGGCUUUCUAUACAACCCAUUCACGGUCUUGACGUGCCUCGCGCGUUCGACCUCGGCACUGACAAACCUGUUCGUGCUGACCGCCAUGGCUAACGCGUCGCAAGGAGCCAGCAGCACCUUCAUACUCGCUCUCUCGUUUGCUGCAUAUCUCGGUAUGCACCCGAUCCUCCUAUUCCCGCCGCUUCUCGUCCUUCUAUACGACGCUCGCGCCGCGAAGACGAAGACCGCGCCGAAUGCCUGGUUGUUCGCCAUCACACAUACACUGGGCUUGACUGCGGUGUGCAGCGCGCUGCUCGCUGCAUCUGCCCUCUUGACAGGAUCAUGGGACUUCCUGGCGGCUACUUAUGGUGUGCGCCUUCUGCUGCCAGAUCUCACACCGAACGUUGGCUUGUGGUGGUACUUCUUCAUUGAGAUGUUUGACUCCUUCCGCGAGUUCUUUCUUGGCGUCUUCUGGUUGCACGCAGCCUCCUACAUGCCUGGUCUCACCAUUCGACUGCACAAGCAGCCUCUUUUUGUUGCCUGCACUUUGACUGGUAUCUUUGCAGUCUUCACGCCAUACCCAAGCAUCGCAGAUGCAGCGCUGUACUUGUCCUUGGUACCGCUCUUCCGGCACCUGUUCCCUUUGAUGCGUUACACCUUCGUGGCAUCCGCAGCUGUACUGUAUGCAUCGUUCCUUGGUCCUGCGUUUUACCACCUGUGGAUCUAUGCCGGCUCUGGAAACGCCAACUUCUUCUAUGCCAUCACGCUGGUGUGGAGUCUUGGUCUGUCGAUCAUCAUUGGAGACUCCCUCUUUGCUGCUCUACGAGACGAGCUGGACGUGGAAAGGCCUGAGCUGAAGGGCAAGGACGUUCGAAGGAUAUAG